AUGUCGACUACUUGGGGAAAUGUUGAAUCUUGGCCUGUGGACCAGACCUUAUCGUCUAGAGGACCAGCUUAUAAUACAAAUCCAUCAAAUAUGGAGUCAUUUUCUUCUGAAAACUCGUGGGGACCAAAGCCCGUGAAUGUGUCGAGUUCAACAUGGGGUAAUGUGCCUCAAACACAAUCACAAAACAGUUGGGGAGCAAAUGUGGCUAGCUCGUUCUCUAAGGAACCUUCAAAUCAAACGAAACAAGCAUCUCCUGAAAACAAUUGGGGAUCAAAGAAUUCUCCCAAGACAUGGAGUGCUAGUGUUAAUAAAACUGAUGAUGAUGAUACGUGGGAUCCAAGUUAUAAUAAUAUUAAAACUUCUCCAAAAGUACCUCGUGUACGGAGAGAAAAAGCUGCAUCAAGGGAUAGGAAUUCUUCUGUGAUUAUGUGUAACAAAGAG